UGUUUCAGUAAGCAGACCAAUCACAGCCCUUGCUGCUGCGCCGCCUCGACGGAAGGUUGCACUUUUUGGGAGGCGCAAGUCAGCCCCUUGCGUUGGAUGCAAGGAGGGUCCGCAAGGACGUAAGAGGUCCGUAAACACCUUGCGUGCGUUGCUCGAGCCAGUUCAUCGGUCUACACUAAGGAACCCAGCAGCUCAAUCUUUUCUCUCAGAACCGUGUUAAUGUUCUGUCUCGCUUCUAAACACAAGAAGGGGUGAACACAAGUCUCUCUAUGAUCUCCUUUCCUUGCUUUUGUCGAUUUGUGCUACUAUAUUUCGAUACUACACUGACACACGUUUCAUCACGGAGACGAUAAGCUUUCUGACCACCUGGGCUGUGCCACUUGAGGAGGGGCCGCUCAUUAGUCUACUAUGGAUGAGGAGAGAGAGGAGGGGGCUCCUACCUCUAAAACCACUCUGUCUGGGGAACAUGGCCGCCAGAGCAAAGCUAAGAGCCCAGAGCAGCAGGAGAGAGCGGACUCCCCUGGACCCAGCUGUUUCUCCAUGAAGAGUGACCACUCAAUGGAUCGUCCUAUUUACUUUAAAGAUGGAAGUCAGUCUAUUGAGAAAAGAGUCCUUAAAGAUGGACAAUCCUCCAGAGAGGAGAGGCAACACCAGGAGAGGCCAAAGGUUACCAGUGCUCAGUCUGUUCAGCAGCAUCAAGCAGAGCUGAUCAAGUCUACUAUGGAUGAGGAGAGAGAGGAGGGGGCUCCUACCUCUAAAACCACUCUGUCUGGGGAACAUGGCCGCCAGAGCAAAGCUAAGAGCCCAGAGCAGCAGGAGAGAGCGGACUCCCCUGGACCCAGCUAUUUCUCCAUGAAGAGUGACCACUCAAUGGAUCGUCCUAUUUACUUUAAAGAUGGAAGUCAGUCUAUUGAGAAAAGAGUCCUUAAAGAUGGACAAUCCUCCAGAGAGGAGAGGCAACACCAGGAGAGGCCAAAGGUUACCAGUGCUCAGUCUGUUCAGCAGCAUCAAGCAGAGCUGAUCAAGUCUACUAUGGAUGAGGAGAGAGAGGAGGGGGCUCCUACCUCUAAAACCACUCUGUCUGGGGAACAUGGCCGCCAAAGCAAAGCUAAGAGCCCAGAGCAGCAGGAGAGAGCGGACUCCCCUGGACCCAGCUAUUUCUCCAUGAAGAGUGACCACUCAAUGGAUCGUCCUAUUUACUUUAAAGAUGGAAGUCAGUCUAUUGAGAAAAGAGUCCUUAAAGAUGGACAAUCCUCCAGAGAGGAGAGGCAACACCAGGAGAGGCCAAAGGUUACCAGUGCUCAGUCUGUUCAGCAGCAUCAAGCAGAGCUGAUCAAGAGGGCUGAGAAGAACGCACACAUUUUUCUAGACAAGGAGCUGAAGAAGCUCUGGAGGGAUCUCUUCUCAGAUUACCCUCAAUGCUCAGAGAGUGAGAGGGAGGAGGAGGAUGGUAAGAAUGAGGAGCAGAGGAGGCGCGCCAUAGAGGGAGUGGUAGACAUCACAAAGCUCUGCCUGAUGGAGAUGAACCAGGAAGAACUGGCCGACAAGCUGGGUAGUGGAGCUGUUGCUGUCCACUGCCAACAUAAACUCAAGUCUCAUCUGAAGAAGAAUUUCCAGUGUGUGUUUGAGGGAAUCGCAAAAGCAGGAGGGCAGAGACCUCUGAAUGAGAUCUACACAGAGCUCUUCAUCACAGAGAGAGGCGGUGGAGAGGUCAACAAGGAACAUGAGGUCAGACUGAUUGAAAAGGCUUCAAGGAAGCAGGCCAAUGAGGAAACUUCAAUCAGAUGUGAAGACAUCUUUAGACCCUUACCUGCACAAGAUAAACCAAUCAGAACAAUUAUGACAACCGGAGUGGCCGGCAUUGGUAAAACAGUCUUAACACAGAAGUUCACUCUGGACUGGGCCGAAGGCAAAGCCAACCACGACAUAGACUUCACAUUUCUCCUCACUUUCAAAGAGCUGAAUUUACUGAAAGGGAAAGAGUUUUGCUUAGUGGAACUUCUUCAUCAGUUUUCUGUUGAAACCAAAGAAUCAGAAACCUACAGAUACGACAUUGAUCGAGUAGUCUUCAUCUUGGAUGGUCUGGAUGAGUGUCGACUUCCUCUGGACUUCCAGAACAACCCGAUCUGCACUGAUGUCACAGAGCCAACCUCAGUGGACGUGCUGCUGACAAACAUCAUCAGGGGAGCCCUGCUUCCCUCUGCCCGCAUCUGGAUAACCACACGCCCUGGGGCAGCCAAUCAAAUCCCUGCUCAGUGUGUUGACAGGGUCACAGAGGUGAGAGGGUUCAACGACCCACAGAAGGAGGAGUACUUCAGGAAGAGAUUCAGAGAGGGGACACUGGCCAGCACGAUCAUCUCUCAUGUCAAGAAAUCUCGAAGCCUCCACAUCAUGUGUCACAUCCCAGUGUUCUGUUGGAUCACUGCUACAGUUCUAGAGGACUUCUUCAAAACAUCCCAGAGAGGCGAAGAGAUGCCCAAGACCGUGACUCAAUUGUACAGCCACUUCCUGAGGGUUCAGUCCAUACAGGGGGACAGGAAGUAUCAUGGGCGAGCUGAAACUGAUCCACACUGGAGUUCAGAGAGCAGGGAGAUCAUUGUUUCUCUGGGGAAACUGGCUUUUAACCAGCUGGAGAAAGGCCAGCUGAUCUUCUACGAGGCAGACUUGGCAGAUUGUGGCAUUGAUAUCAGAGCAGCCUCAGUGUACUCAGGAGUCUUCAACCAGAUUGAGUGUGGGCUGUUCCAGGAUAGGGUGUUCUGCUUUGUCCAUCUGAGCAUCCAGGAGUUUCUGGCUGCCCUUUAUGUAUUUCUGUCCUACAUCAAUGCAGGUGUCAACCUGCUCUCAGAAGAACAGCCAACCUCCAGGGAAGCUGAACUCCUCCUCCUCUACCAGAGUGCUGUGGACAAGGCCUUACAGAGUGAGAACGGACACCUGGACUUGUUCCUCCGCUUCCUCCUGGGCCUCUCUCUAGAGACCAAUCAGAUGCUCCUACAAGGUCUGCUGGGACCAAGAGGAAGUACAAGAAAAGUUCUGCCGGGACAGACCGGAAGAAGGUCACAGAGCAAUACCAAAAUAGUCCAUUACAUCAAGGAGAAGAUAGGUGGAGAUCUAUCUCAAGAGAGAAGCAUCAAUCUGUUUCACUGUCUGAAUGAGCUGAACGACCAUUCUCUAGUGGAGGACAUCCAACUGUACCUGACAUCAGGAAGUAUCUCCACAGAAUCUCUCUCCUCUGGUCAGUGGUCAGCUCUGGUCUUCAUCUUACAGACAUCACAAGAGGAGCUGGAGGUGUUUUACCUGAAGAAAUACUCUCCCUCUGAGGAGGGUCUUCUGGGGCUGCUCCCAGUGAUCAAAGCCUCCAAAACAUCUUUGCUGUUUGGCUGUAUGCUGUCAAAGAGAUCCUGUGAAGCUCUGGCCUCAGUUCUCAGCUCCAACUCCUCUAGUCUGAGAGAGCUCGACCUGAGUAUCAAUAGACUGCAGGAUUCAGGAGUGGAGCUGCUCUCUGCUGGACUUGGGAGUCCACACUGUGCACUGGAAACCCUCAGGCUGAAUGGCUGUGGUCUGUUAGGGAAAUGCUGUGAAGCUCUGGCCUCAGUUCUCAGCUCCAACUCCUCUAGUCUGAGAGAGCUGGACCUGAGUUCCAAUAAUCUGAAGGAUUCAGUAGUGAAGCUGCUCUCUGCUGGACUAGGGAGUCCACACUGUACACUAGAAACUCUCAGGCUUAAUGGCUGUCAUCUGUCAAAGCGAUGCUGUGAAGCUCUGGCCUCAGUUCUCAGCUCCAACUCCUCUAGUCUGAGAGAGCUGGACCUGAGUACCAAUGAUCUGCAGGAUUCAGGAGUGAAGCUGCUCUCUGCUGGAUUGGGGAGUCCACACUGUACACUGGAAACUCUCAGGCUGAGUGGCUGUCAUCUGUCAGAGAGAUGCUGUGAAGCUCUGGCCUCAGUUCUCAGCUCCAACUCCUCUCGUCUGAGAGAGCUGGACCUGAGUACCAAUGAUCUGCAGGAUUCAGGAGUGAAGCUGCUCUCUGCUGGACUGGGGAGUCCACACUGUACACUGGAAACUCUCAGCUUGUCUGGCUGCCUGGUCACACAGGAAGGCUGUGCUUCUCUGGCUUCAGCUCUGAGCUCCAACCCCUUCCAUCUGAGAGAGCUGGACCUGAGCUACAAUCACCCAGGAGUCUCAGGAACUGCGCUGCUCUCUGCUGGACUGGAGGAUCCACACUGGAGACUGGACACUCUCAGUGUGGAGCACGGUGGAGUGUGGAGGCUGAAACCAGCUCUACAGAAGUAUGCCUGUAAACUCACACUGGACCCAAACACAGCCAACAAACUACUCUCUCUGUCUGAGGACAACAGAAAGGUGACGUGGGUUGAAGAGGAGCAGUCUUAUCCAGAUCACCCAGAGAGAUUUAUGAACUGGCCCCAGGUGUUGUGUAGAGAGGGUCUGACUGGCCGCUGUUACUGGGAGGUAGAGUGGGAACAAGAGGUUCAUUUGGGAGUGCCAUUCAAAGGAAACACAACAAGAAGAGGGGAUGAAGACAGCUGGCUUGGAGCAGACAACAGGUCCUUGAGUCUUCUUUGUAAAGAUGAUUAUUACACUGCCGUUCACAACGGUAGUAGAACAGCCAUACGUCUCCCCCCCCCUCACUCUAACAGAGUAGGAGUGUAUCUGGACCGGCCUGCUGGCUCUCUGUCCUUCUACAGAGUGUCCCCAGGUGGAGGAGGGUCCUCAGACACACUGACACACAUCCACACCUUCCAGGCCUCCUUCACCCAGGAGGUCCUCCUCCCUGGGUUUAAGUUAGGUGAGAGUGGUUCCUCAGCGUCUGCGUCCAUUGUUACACACACACACACACAAACACCCCCCCCUCCCAUAUAAACAGACACACAUGUACACAGUCAUAAACACAUCAAACCAACAAACACAUAUGAACAUAGACAUUAACCCACACGCACAAACACAGACAUCGUUCAUGAAUCUAUACACACACAAACAGACGUAUGUACACUGACAUAAACGCACACAUCGUUCAUGACUCUACACUCACACAGACACACACACACAAAUCGGUCAUAAAUCUACACACACACACGCACACACAUACACACAUACACAAAUCAUUCAUGGAUCUAAACCCACAUCAGGUCAGUGUACCGGUGGUAAGCAGCAGGUAACAUCAGUGUCUCCCGGUGGUUCAUCUCUCAGCCCUCUCUGUGUUCACCUGGGCUGCUGAGCGUCAGAUUAGAGGGGGCCGCUUGGGUCUGGGGGGUCCUCACAGUCCUGACGUUGUUGAGGACCAGCUGUUAGGGGGACGUUUGAAUACCUGUGGACCCAUGGACGUACCUGUAGUGCAUCGGGUUGUUGAGCAGCAGCUGUUGGUGCUCUGAGGGGUCAACCCGUUCAGUGGAAAUACAUCACUUUGUGUUUGAUCUAAAUAAUCCACUGUACUGCAAACGCUGCAGUUUAUUGGGCUUCUAAAAGGUUCAGCAUUAUAAACCAUGAAAGGAAGCUCUUCCUUCGGUUCAAGUAGGUUUUUACAAAGAUUGACUUUCUAAAUGUGUUUUAAAUGUUGAUUGAUGAUGAAUAAAUAUAAAAACAUAAUUCAAUAUUUUGUAUAUUAUCAGACAGUAGUAGUUAGUAGUUUCCUACUAAAGGGCUCUGAAAUGUAUAUUAACUUUGAUAAGCCUAACAAAGUAGAUGUUAUAGUUGUCGAUGGGAAAAGCUUUAAAAUGAAUAUUGAUUCCUUGUGUUCAGUUGGUAACAGCACAGCAACAGAACAGUUAUUAAAGAUAUGUGCCCCUGUUUAUGAUUUGUAUUUGUUAAUAAACCAUAAGGGUAAUAUCGAUCUCGAUGGAUCCAAAUAAAUCUGUAUCACAUGUAGUCGCAUAUAUCAGUAUUCACUGUCUAUCCCCUACCUGCUCCUUAAUCACAUAUAUCAGUAUUCACUGUCUAUCCCCUACCUGCUCCUUAAUCACAUAUAUCAGUAUUCACUGUCUAUCCCCUACCUGCUCCUUAAUCACAUAUGUCAGUAUUCACUGUCUAUCCCCUACCUGCUCCUUAAUCACAUAUAUCAGUAUUCACUGUCUAUCCCCUACCUGCUCCUUAAUCACAUAUCAGUAUUCACUGAUAGCGUUGAAAGUAGCGUUGAAAUAAUGCGUAUCUGUCUGUUAAUCAAAGCCAUGUGUUGGAGCUAUGCAGUUCUUAGAUUUAAUUGCAAAACAUUUAUUUAGUUUGUUUGCUUAAUAUAAAAUAAUAUGACUAUUUUAUGUUUAUUUUCUCGUUUGUAUUAUAAAUUAGUUAAUUUGAGUUUGUUUAUGCUUUUGUUUUGAAAUUAUUACUAGCCUAUAUAUAGAGGUGGCGGGCAUAGGUAAGACCAUCUGUAUGAGAGAGACAAAGGAGUGAGGCUGCUGGUUCACACUGUUGCACAUUUCUUUUGUUUGCUUGGAAGAUUGGAAAAUAAACCUGCAGAAAUCUAAAUUCACGACUGGACAGUUGACUCUUUCCCUUUUGAUUACCUUGCUUUGUUUGAUUUCUUAAUUUUCAAGUAAUUGUUUUAUUGAGGACAAAUCGCCACCACACCAUGUGUAGUCAGUUAUUGCAUGUGGAGCCACUAGGGGAGAGUGAAUCCACCUCGAUGUAGUUCACCUUCUGGCCAACAUGAUUAGCGCGAAGGAGACUCGAAGGGCCCUAUCUUGCAUCCGGCGCAAUUGACUUAAUCACUGGCGCAUGUGUCGUUACUAGUUUGCAACUGGCGCAGAGCGUUCUUUUCCCUCCUGCGCCACGCGUCGGUAAAGUAGGGAAUGAUCUUGCGCCCCAAGGGGCGGCUCAGCGAAAGGAGGAGGCAUGUUCUAGCGCAAACGUUCCCUGGUGCUAUCUUACCGUUUCAGAAACCACUUGCGCCACAAACAAGGAAAUACCUGGUUUAAGGCCAGUGGCGUUGUUCAGAUGUUAUUUUAAGGGCGCAUGCAUAAUGUUGCUUGUGCACCUCGCGCAUACACUUUGCUUCUUUCAUCUGUCGCGCCGGUAAACUAGCGACAUCGCCGUAGAACCGCCCACAAAGCUACUUGCGCUUGACGCUUCUCAUUUGCGUUUCAGACCGUUAAAAUAGGGCCCAAAGUGUGUGUGUGCGUGUGUCCGUGUGUCUGUGUGUGUGUGAGUCAGUGUGUGUGUGUGUCACCUUGCCUUGGUACCUUUCUGACACCUUCCGUUAAAAGGUGAAACAAUAUGAGGAAGGAAAAAACAUGGGAAAAAUCCA